ACUCCUGCUGAUUCACUUGACUUGCGCGCGUAAUGGAGCGAGAGGAAGCGUAAAAACCUCUCUCUUUAACGCGUCAGAAGUCCAAACCCACCGCUGUCAGCCAUUUUACGCACGCCCCCGCGCCUCGCCGGGGCUUGGACACCGCGGACGCGCAGCUCUCUCCUCAGAUCGUCCGUGCGCGCAGAGCCACAGAGCCAGCAUGGACCUGCGCUACUCCCGAAGCAUCCCCGCGGCUGCGCUGCUCGUCCUGUCGUUGGUCGGGAUCCUCCUGCUCGUGCUUCCGGCCAGAGAGGUGGAGACGCCUCCCGAAACCAUGUACGGAAUCGUUCUAGACGCAGGCUCGUCCCACACCUCCAUGUACAUCUACAAAUGGCCGGCGGACAAGCUGAACGGCACUGGCAUUGUCACCCAGCACAGCCAGUGUGACGCAAAAGGGGGAGGGAUAUCCAGCUAUGCAGGAGUCCGUGGUGGUGCAGCAGAGAGUCUGAAGGCGUGUCUGGAUCAAGCUGUGAAGGACAUCCCCAAAUCCAGACACAGACAAACUCCACUGUACCUGGGGGCAACUGCGGGCAUGAGGCUCUUGAAAAUAAACAAUGCCACAGAGACAGACCGGAUACUGAAGGAAGUGGAAAACAAACUGCGGUCUUACCCCUUCGAAUUCAAAGAGGCAGUCAUCCUGAGCGGACAGCAGGAGGGCGCAUACGGCUGGGUCACAGUCAAUUACUUGCAUGAAAACUUUGCCAAGUAUGGUUUCGUCGGGCGUUGGCUGAAUCCCGGCAGAGAGACGACUGGAGCUUUGGAUUUAGGUGGAGCUUCCACUCAGAUCACUUUCGAGACCUCGGAACAAGUGGAGGACGGUGAUAACUUAAUGGAGCUGAAGCUUUACGGACAAACCCAUCGACUAUACACGCACAGCUACCUGUGCUAUGGCCAAGACCAGUUCCUGAGGAAACUGAUGGCCCAUCUUAUCAUGACUCAAGGUGUGAAGCCCGAAGUGUCCCACCCGUGCUACCCGCAACGGUUCAACAUGUCCAUCAAGCUGGGCAGGGAUGUCUUUAAUUCUCCGUGCACUAAGAAUCACACAUCCGCCCCGUUCGACCCCCAGAUGACUGUGCAAGUAUUCGGCACGGGAGACUACCACAACUGCCUGAGCACUGUGAAACGGAUGUUCUCCUUCGACAAAUGCCCUUACUCCAGGUGCUCCUUUGAUGGGGUCUUCCAGCCCAGCGUGAGAGGAAGCUUCAUGGCAUUUUCUGCCUUCUUCUUCAUUCACAGAGACCUCAGCAUCCUCGCCGACAUGGCCAUCACGACGGCCAGUCAAAUGGAGGAGGCGGUUCGACGCGUCUGCAUCAUGACCAUCUCUGAGAUAACUGCAAAGACAAAGCAGCCAGAGAAAUUCCUGAAAAAUAUCUGCGCCACCUCCAACUACAUGCAGGUCCUUUUAACGCAGGGGUACAGGUUCGACAACGUCUCGUUUCCCUCCAUCUCUUUCCAGGAAAAGGUGGAAGGAGCAUCCGUGGGCUGGGCCCUGGGAUUCAUGCUGAGUCUGAGCAACUUGGUACCAGCAGAGAGCUGUGGACAGAUGACGGCUCUGCCCUCGGGGCCUUGGGCCUGCGUCCUCCUUCUCUUCAUCACGCUCCUCCUCGUCGCUCUGGCGUACCUACUGAUAAGCCACAUAAAGACAAGAGCUGACAAAGACAUGGUGUAGGAGCAACGUGUGUCACCAUGGCGACGCCGUUUCUUGAACAAUCAAGAAAAGACUGCAGCAUCAAUGUCUGACACACCAGCUCCGAAUAUGGCAAUAUAGAUUUUCCCCUUCACACCCAGUCAGGAGUCACGUCUAAGAACUAACAUAUUGAUCACAGUUUUCAGUUUGAUCAUCAUAACACAUACAUGUAUAUGGUUUCAUUGUUUAUGUUUCAAAAUCUAUUCUGUUCUUAUGCCCUAUGAGCAAUUGAAAGUUGGUGAUAACAUCUUUUCUAAGGUUGGGUGAUUCUGUUUUGGACAGGAAACUGUACUUGCAUUGUGGCCAUACAGCACUGAAGAUGUCACUGCAUUUAUGUUCUGGUUAUAAUUAAAGUUGGAUUAAGUUUCA